CUUUCGAUGAUAUACCCGACACACAUGUCCCCAGAUCGUUCUUUGCGUUCUUUUUCUUUACACUUCUUUUCUUCUUGACUGCAGAAACAACAGCCAAAAUGCAAUCUUACGCUGAAGUCUAUCAACGGUACUUUGAUUCAGAUCGUUUCGCACCAGGAUCGCCCAAGACCAUGCAAAAGGAGCUACCCCGCGCCUCUGCAUACGAAGCACUCAUUUCCCUUAAGAAAAAGUAUCACGACGACAGUAAAAUACCACUGGACGUAAACGAUCUACCUACGAGUGCUCCACUCUUUGACAAUAAUGAGCUGCUUGACCGUGCCGAGCAAAUGGCCACUGACUGGACACACCAACAUCCUGGAGGUGCCACAGCAGCCCUGCAACCAGAAACCGUCCAAGACGAGACCCGACGAGAAGCGCAGAACUUGUGGAGCAUGUGGACGGCGAACCAUGUCAAACAGCAGCAGCAGAAGCUGGCAGAGCCAGAACAACACGCUCAAGAGCCUCGUCGUGCUUCUGAUAGCGUUGUGAAGACAGCAAUAGCAGGUGGCGUAGGCGGCGCUGGCGCUGGUGCUGUAACAUCGGCAAUCCUUCAUGAUCAGAAAUCUGGCAACGAUAAUGAGAGUACGACGCCUCGUGGCAGCAGCAUGCCCACCGCUUCAGAAAUGCAGUCUAACAAAGCUGGCGAUCGAAGCAUGUCCCUCUAUGAUACAGACGAUGGUUCUCAAACCACACAGAUCAACAAAGAUGACAGCAGCUCAUCAGCGACGAAACCAACAACAGCGGCAGCGACAGGAGCCGGCGCAGGAGCAGCUGCUGGGGCGGUACCAGCUAUAGCAUGCAGUACCGUGCCCGCAAAUCGAAGUGUGCCCGCAACUGCUCCAAUUGACAAUGACGGUAGUCAAGCAAAACUUCCCGUGGCAUCGGAUCGACCAGUAGCAGAAAACGAGAACAUAAAGCACUACAAUACUCCAUUGCAUCAAAUCAAUCAGCAGCAACAAAACGAUCCCACUACAAGGAUGCCAGCGGCGGCAACAAAUGAUGGUGACACUGCUGCAGCAAAAGCGGGUGAGCCACCACAGUCUUCUGCCAGGGACAAGACUACAUCUUCCUCUGUUGGCGGUGGAGCAUCGGGUCAACCAAGAGGAAGUCGAGAACCAGCUGAUCUAGAGACAGAAAACGAGGCACGUAAAGAGAUCAGCGGUGAUCAUAGCCAUAAAGCGGGCAAGAUGGCAGCAGCAGCAGCCGGAGCUGGUGCUUCAAUGGCUGGACCUUCUGCCCCAGUUCAGCAGCAGCAGCAGCAACCACAACGAUCUGCAUCCAGCACUCCAUCACAAGAUCAGCAGAGAAACGUCAGCUUUGCAAAAGAAAGCAAGGAAGAACAAACAAAGAAGGAAGAAGUGCCUAGUAAGAACACCGGCGGAAACAAGGACCACAUUGCGGAACAGUCCGAGCUAUACAGUCGAGGAGGACUGUCUGGAACUCAGCCUGUUGGAAAGAUUGACUUGAAAAACUUGUAAUUGACGUAUGAAUAGGAUGAUUCUUGGAUUUUGUACCGUAUGUGCGUGCACACAUUCCUUGGCCCACUCUCACCUGACCAGAUAAUAGAAUACGGCAUUACAAA